AAAGAGGCCAACAAGCUAAGGUCAUAAAACAGAUUCUGGAGCCCCUCAUUCCUCAAUCUCAAACUACUUACGCUUGUUCAGAUUUAAGAAGAGGAGUAAAAUGGCCGGUGGUAGGGUUGCUCAUCCCACCUUGAAAGGACCAAAUGUUGUGAAGGAAAUAUGUAUAGGGAUAGCUCUAGGCUUGUGUGCUGCUACUGUUUGGAAGAUGCAUCACUGGAAUGAGCAGAGAAAAACAAGAACUUUCUAUGACUUGCUUGAGAAAGGUGAGAUUAGUGUUGUUGCUGAAGAAUAAACUUCCUAUGUUCAUGUUGGUGUUAUGAAAAUAUGGACAGUUCAGCAUCCUUUCCUCUUUUUUUUUCUUUUUUUUUGCCCGUUUUACUUUAUCUGGCUCUGAAAUGUAGAAGAGCAAACUCUGUUUGAGAUUUUUAAGAAUAAUUUUAUUGUAAUCAGAUCUGCACAACAUAUGUUCCAAGAAAAUUGUGAAGUUUCUUAAUGGGAUUUCUUUUCGGCAGUGUCAAUUUUGCUUU